AUGUUGAGGCUCACUUCCCAUCCCAAGAUCCUAAAUGGAAUCCUUAUCAGGAUAUGGACCAUAUAUGAGAUGGUUGUGGUUGUGCGAGCCAUUCGAGUGGCAGGAAAGCCUUCAGUGAAUAUGUCUAAACCUUCCCUCGUAUUGCAGGAGCCCACAGAAAGCCCCGAAGCAUUUUAUGCCCGCCUUAUUGACGCUUACCGCAUGUACACCCCCAUAGAUCCUAUUGACCAGGCAAAUGCCCAAAUGUUAGCAAUGGCAUUUAUCUCACAAAGUGCUACAGACAUAUGCUGUAAAUUACAAAGGCUUGAGGGAACACUAGGUAAGCCUAUGAGCGAGCUAAUGGAGGUGGCACGGAAGGUUUUUGUAAACAGAGAAAAAGAGGAAGAGCGGAAGAAAGAUCAAAAGAUGCAGAGAAAAGCUAAAUUAAUGGCUGCAGCUAUGAUGUGGACCCUAAAAGAUAGAGGAGGCAGCCAAGCAAGGGGCAACAGAUCUGGGUUAGGACGUAAUCAGUGUGCUAUUUGUAAAAAGGAGGGACGCUGGAAGGGUGAGUGUCCAGAAAGGAACAAAGAAGAGAGGCUCUUGGCAGAGAUGGAAGAAUGGGACCGAAACCGACCUGAUUCAGAUUGCCUCCCAGAACCUAUGGUCAGGCUAAAUGUAGGAGGCAAACCUAUUACCUUCCUAGUAGAUACUGGAGCCACACAGUCAGUCCUAACCCAGCCCCUAACACAGGCCUUCCCCCACACUAUUAACAUCCAGGGGGCAACAGGAAGUAUUUUACAGCGUCCCUUUUUGGAGCCCCUCGUGUGCACAACAAAAGGGCAAACCAUAACACAUCAAUUUGUGUAUAUGCCAGACUGUCCUAUCCCACUCCUGGGGAGGGAUUUGUUGUGCAAACUUCAAGCUCAGAUCUCCUUUGACCUAAUUGCCAAGCUCCUUUAUGAAGCUACCAAAGGACAGGAUAAGGAGCCGCUACAGUGGGGAACACAGGAAGCAACUAGUUUCCGAUUGCUCAAGUAAGCACUGUUGCAAGCCCCCAGUUUAGGCCUCCCAGAUUUGGAUAAACCAUUUCAAUUAUUUGUAGAUACUAAACAGAAUGUAGCAGUGGGUGUCCUCACCCAGAAAAUGGGAACAUGGCAUCGCCCUGUAGCUUAUCUCUCUAAACAGCUGGAUAAUGUUGCAAAAGGAUGGCCUGCGUGCCUUAAGGCUGAGGCUGGGACUGCUAUCUUAACUCAGGAAGUAAGUAAACUGACUUUUGGACAAGAGCUUGACAUUUAUAGUCCCCAUGCCCUUAAAGCAGUUCUGGAAAUGAAGGGCCAUCUAUGGCUAACCAACCCUCGAAUGCUGAAAUACCAAGGCGUAAUCACUCAUAACCCUAUGAUUAAUAUCAUACAAUCCACUGCAUUAAAUCCUGCUACAUUAUUGCCUGAACCAAACUCAGAAACCACUCACGAUUGUAUCCACACAAUAGAGGAAACAUAUGCCAGCCGCCCUGACAUGACUGAUGUACCCCUUCCUUCUCCGAAUUAUACCCUAUAUACGGAUGGUACCAGCUUCAUGCAGGAAGGAAUUAGAUGGGCAGGGUAUGCAGUGAUUACUUUGGAUGAUGUUUGGGAAGCAGAACACCUCCCUUCAGGCACGAGUGCGCAGUUAGCUGAAUUGCAUGCAUUAACUAGAGCUUUAGAGCUGGCAAAAGGCAAAUGUGUCAACAUAUAUACAGACUCUAAAUAUGCUUUCCUCACGGUUCAAGUCCAUGGUGCCUUAUAUAAGGAAAGAGGGGUUAUCACGGCAGGAGGCAGAGACAUUAAAUAUGGUCCCCAAAUACUACGCCUCCUAGACAGUGCAUGGGCCCCACAGAAGGUUGCAGUUAUACACUGCCGAGGACAUCAUAAAGUGGCCUCUGAUAUACAAAAGGGCAAUGAUAAAGCAGAUAGAAUGGCAUGA